AUGGCUCUCACUAUCGCUCAACUUUACCGUGGCAAUGAAAUAGUGCCAUUACUUGCUCAGGACCCAGAUUAUACAGAGGUCGCAGAAGAGAUUCUAACCAAGAAGGAAUUCAAAAUUAUUGGACCUCACGGUACAGGAGGAUUCGCGGAAAUCGACGAUGAAUCGAUUGUGAUAGCACCCUUUGCUGCCGCCCCAGUUAAGCAGAUCAUCGCCGAUCUUGCUCGGCCUGUGCUCAUUAUUUCCACCGGCUUUGAUGUCUUCAAUAGCAAUGAAAAACCAUUGGCAGAUGCUGAAUCUCCGAGAACCAGGAAAAUGUGGCUUGAUUAUGAUGCCUGUAGCCUUCCAAGCCAUUCUGAUGAUGUUGAAAUAUGCUGUGCAUUGAAAGGAUUAUAUUUGUAUCGUAGACGUCAGCAGCCUCUGGAUUCGCAAGGAAUGUCGCCUCGCCAGUCGAGACAAAGCAGCUGGUAA